AUGGCCCCUCGCAGGCGCGUCCCCAGCAAGCUCAAGGCGUCCAGGCCGCCUCAUCGUCCUUCGGCUCCAGCCGCCACACAGCCCAAGACGACGCAGGAGGCUACCCCUUCGCGCCCUUGCCACUUCGCGCUCCUCCCGCCUGAGCUCCUCAUCCGCAUCUUCGAUGAAGCUGGCGCCGACCCCAAGUUCCUGAAGCUUUCGAAGUCGUUCUUCCACCCUGCGCGCGCCGCUCUGUACAACGACGUCAACCUCUUCUCGUGGGCGAUGCUGCGCCGCUUCCUCAAGGCUCUUCAACAAGCGCCUGACACGGCUCCGAUGGUCAAGAAGCUCGGUUUCAGCAACAGCAGGGAGAAGCCAGAAUUGAUCUCGGACUGGGAGGAACUGGCGGCGAAGUUUGCGACUCUGUCCUUCGAGGCAGAUUGCUCCCUUUCAAAGGAGGAGCUCGGUGCUGCGACGCUGCGCGACGUGAUCGGCCGCCUCUCUUCCCUUGAGCGGCUUCUCCUCUUCGGCAAGGCGAACUUCUUCACCAUCUUCGACCCCGCUUUCUUGUCGACGGUCGAUUACCUCCCGACGCUCCUCGGAGUCACCUUCUCCUUGACAGAGGUGGAGGCGUACGACGAUGAGCGAGACGAGGAGAUCUGCCAACGUCUCUCGCUCCUGCCAAACCUCCAGCGCGCCGAACUGUACCACAACGGCGACUUCUUGCCGCUCUCGGACGACAACAUCGGACCCUCAGUCCGCCUCGAGCCGGCCAGUUGGGGUCUCACCGACCUCUGCCUGCGCGAAAUGGUCUACAUCGGGCCCGAGAUCCGCCAUCUUAUCGCCGCAAUGACGCCGUCCCUGCGCCUCUUCCUCCUCCAAGCGAUCGACUGCUACCCCGGUCUCGCCGACGACCUCAAGCUCUUGCCGCGCUCCCUCUUCUGUCUCGACAUCAAGUUCGGCUCGGCUUGCUUCGUGAACACCGCAGGACCUCUGCCUGUCCUCGAUGACGCCUUGACGCGCUUUCCUGAUCUCGUACACCUUCACCUCAGCAACACCAUCUUCACGCCCGACCUCCUCACCCGCCUUUCCAAGAGGUCGCCAAAGAUCAAGUGCCUCGACUUCGGUCACUUCGCCCCUCUCACCGGCGAGGCGCUUCUCUCGAUCCUCAAGCCGGGCAAGUCGCAGCUCCAGCACCUCGAGUACAUCGCCAUCCGUGUCUGCCAGUGCCCGACCGACGAGGCGCUCGUUCGCGGCGAUUACAGGCACAAACCGAGGUGGUGGGACGGUUUCGGAAAGAGCGAUGCUGAGAGGUUUGUGAGGGCGGCCGAGCAAAGGAGCAUCGAGAUUGGCGGGAACGUCCUGUGCGCGUUGAGGAGGUGCAGGGCGAAUGACGGACAUGCGUGCAGCAGGGGAUGA